AUGAGCUCCACUGCUGGACAGGUGAUCAACUGCAAGGCCGCCGUUGCCUGGAGCGCCAAAUCGCCACUCUCCAUCGAGACAAUCCAAGUGGCGCCACCAAAAGCGCACGAAAUUCGUGUCAAGAUCCUCUACACCGCCGUCUGCCACACCGAUGCUUACACCCUCGACGGACACGAUCCAGAAGGACUCUUCCCAGUGGUUCUAGGUCACGAGGGAUCUGGAAUCGUCGAAAGUGUAGGAGAAGGCGUUACUGGAUUUGCUGUUGGAGAUCAUGUGGUUCCAUUGUAUGUCCCACAGUGUAAGGAGUGUGAAUAUUGCAAAAAUCCAAAGACAAAUCUGUGUCAAAAGAUUCGAGUCUCCCAGGGUAAUGGAUUCAUGCCGGAUGGUACCUCGAGAUUUACUUGCAAUGGAAAACAGCUCUUCCAUUUCAUGGGAUGCUCCACAUUCUCGGAAUACACGGUUGUCGCUGACAUCUCGCUUUGCAAAGUGAACCCAGAAGCUCCUUUGGAGAAGGUCUCGCUUCUAGGAUGUGGAAUCUCUACUGGCUAUGGAGCAGUGCUCAAUACCUGCAAAGUAGAGGACGGGAGUACUGUAGCUGUGUGGGGCCUGGGUGCGGUUGGAUUGGCUGUUAUCAUGGGUGCGAAGGCGGCUGGAGCCAAGAGAAUUAUUGGAAUCGAUUUGAUUGAGUCGAAAUUCGAAUCUGCGAAAUUCUUUGGAGCCACAGAGUGUAUCAAUCCGAAAAGUGUGCAAUUGCCAGAGGGAAAGAGCUUCCAGGCGUGGUUGGUGGACAGUUUCGAUGGAGGAUUCGAUUACACUUUUGAGUGUAUUGGAAAUGUUCAUACUAUGCGUCAAGCUCUCGAAGCAGCUCACAAAGGCUGGGGUGUCUCGUGCAUCAUUGGUGUCGCUGGAGCCGGUCAAGAAAUCGCCACGCGUCCAUUCCAACUUGUCACCGGACGCACAUGGAAGGGAACUGCUUUCGGAGGAUGGAAAUCGGUGGAUUCUGUGCCAAGACUCGUCGACGACUACAUGAACAAGAAGCUUCUGAUCGACGAAUUCAUCACGCAUCGCUAUCAUAUCGACGAGAUCAACACUGCGUUCGACGUGCUUCACAAGGGCGAAUCGUUGAGAUCCGUGCUCGCGUUUGAGAAGAAAUAA